AUGUUCCAGCAUAUGAUGAAAUUUGGGAUUGAAUAUUAUGGUGGUCCGUUGCCAUUUGAUCCACAAAUUACCCGUCUCUUGUAUCGUCUGGGCAUUGACUUGCGUCCCCAACAUGUUCUAGAACGCGUUGAUGCUUUGGUUGGUCCCCGUAAGCCUGUCACUGGCUCAGGGGGAGUGAACAGUCAGCAACAACUGGCUUCCUCAGCUUUGGACAAUGCAGCAGCUGCAACAUACAAGCAAGAGGUCGGUGCCAGGAGCGGUCCAAAAAGGAGGUUGAUGAUUGAAAAGGAUCUGAUGUUGCCAAAGUUUAUUUAUGAAUCUAAUCAAACCAGUGAUCCGAUUAGUCCUGAUUCGAAUUCUGGUGAUGAGGACGAUCGGGUCUCAAGCUAUGCCUCACCUCCUAAUUACCCUUUCUAG